AUGACCUUCUUUCACUUCAUCAACUGUCUGGCACUGGCAUUUGGGCCCUAUUUUUUAGUUUAUAAGUACUCUGGCCUGAAUGAAUAUAGCAGCGUAUGGAAAUUGGGGCAGGCUGUACUCGGGUACUUUUUGACACAGCUCUUCAAAUUGUUACUUCUCGCCACGUUAUUCCCGACAUCAGCCACCGAGGGAUUCGCCUUGUUUCCGGAAUUGCUGAAAAGCAGUGCGGAUGUGUUUGAUGUUAUUGGGCUUCAUUUGAUCAUCAACUAUUUGAUGACUGGCAAAAGCGAGAUUCGGUUCGCGACGGCUGGAUUUGGGUACGCGUUGGCGAAUUCCUUCUCGACUCGGAUCAUCUAUUUUUGGGUUGGCGCAAGGGCGACGGCAUUCAGCUGGCAAUACAUCCAAUCGGCGCUGGACUCCAGCUCUGAAUUGAUCUUCUGGGGAGCCGUUGCCACGUUGGCUUGGCUUGUCAGGAGAGAAUACGCCAAACAGACGGUCAUCUACGCCCUCUUGGCUGCCGCCGUCUUCAGCUCGUUCACUCUGCACUCUCUCCAAUACAUCUGGAAUAUCAACGCGUGGGUGAUGGUCAUUCUUCGAGCCGUCUAUUCGAUUGGCCUGGCUGCCGGCACCGUCUAUGCCUACGCUACAAAUGGGUCAAAUGCCACCCGUCGC